AUGGGAAAUGAAAGCGGGUGCUCCUGUGACGAGAUCGCCGAUGCAUUCCGCGAGGUAAAAAGGGGAGGGGAAGAAGGAGAGCUAGCCGUAGCGUGCGAAGAGGGUGGAGGAGAGGUGGGGACGGGGAGAGGGUGGAGAGAAAUGAGGGGGCGGGGGUUGGUUGGUGAGGAAUGUGUGAAGGGGAUGCUCGUCAAAGUCGCAAGCUGCAGCGCCGUGCUCCACCUCUCCUGCUCCCGUCCGUCCUUGGGCGCGCAGUUUAGGGACAUCUCGAUAACCCCGUCCUCCCCCCUCACUGCCCUCCCCGCCCUUUCCCCUCACUGCCCUCCCCGCCCUUUCCCCUCACUGCCCUCCCCGUCCUCCCCCCUCACUGCCCUCCCCGCUCUUUCCCCUCACUCUCCUCCCCGCCCUUCCCCCUCACUGCCCUCCCCGCCCUUCCCCCUCACUGCCCUCCCCGCCCUUCCCCCUCACUGCCCUCCCCGCCCUUCCCCUUCGCUUCCCUCCCCGCCCUUUCUUCUCACUGCCCUCCCCACCCUUUCCCCUCGUCUCCAUGCCCGUUCCCCUCUGUGUCCCCCUUCCCCACCCCCUACGUGUUCGAGGACCCGCAGACCGCUUGGUGCUUGUUUUGCGACAACUAAGAACAUUUCCCUUUUUGCCCUCUCACCGUGCCCUUUCCACCCCCCUCUCUCCCCCACCUUCCCCUCCACCCCUCUCCCCCACCCUUCUCGCCGAUACAGUGAGAUCCCUCUCCCUACCCCUCUCCCCUCAUCAUUUCUCCCCCCACCCCCUGUCAUUUCUCCCCUCCCUGCUCACUCUUUCUUUUCCCCCGGCUUACCAUUGUUUCCCCCCCUCUCUUUCCUUUCCCCCUGCUAA